AUGACCUCAAGUUUGGGCCUUACCACAAAGAAAGCCCUCACGAUCCUGAGAGACCAGCUGUCAGCACUGCUGGAGGGGCAUCAGAAGGAGCGGAAAAAAGUGACUUCAUGGAAGGAGGUGUGGAGGAGUAGUUUUCUGUACCAUGGUAACCGUUGCUCCUGUUUCCACUGGCCUGGUGCAUCUCUGAUGCUUCUGGCAGUGCUGUUGCUGCUGUGCUGCUAUGGGAGCCAGCCACAGGGGAGCCAAGGUGCUGAGAUAGUUAAUGCACUGGCACUCUUCCUCCUUCUCCUCUUGGAUCUCUUCAUGAUCGGGCGUCAAGAGAGGCUGAAGUGCAGAGAGGUGGAGAGGAGACUUCAGACAAUCAUUGAUAAGAUAAAUGAUACACUUGGCAAAGAGGUGAAAUGGCCAGACUCCAUGUACCCUGACCUUCACAUGCCUUAUGCCCCAUCCUGGUCCCUUCAUUGGGCCUACAGGGAUGGUCACCUUGUCAACCUGCCGGUGAGCCUGUUGGUUGAAGGAGAUGUCAUUGCUUUGAGGCCAGGCCAGGAGUCAUUUGCUUCUCUGAGAGGGAUUAAGGAUGAUGAGCACAUAGUUCUGGAGCCAGGGGAUCUGUUUCCACCUUUCUCACCUCCACCCUCCCCAAGGGGAGAAGUGAAGAAGGGACCUCAGAACCCUCAGUUGUAUCGUCUCUUCCGUGUCUUGAAGACCCCAAUAAUUGAUAAUGUCAGGUGGGGCCUGGACAUGGUGGCUUUGUCACGUCCUGUGACAGCCCUGGAUAAUGAGAGAUUCACUGUACAGUCAGUGAUGCUGAAAUAUGCUGUCCCUAUUGUACUGGCUGGCUUCCUGAUCACCAAUGCGGUGCGCUUCAUUUUCAAAGCUCCUGGAAUUGCUUCUUGGCAGUACACUCUUCUUCAGCUGCAGGUGAAUGGUGUCCUGCCCAUCCUUCCGUUGCUCUUUCCUGUCCUGUGGAUUCUUGCUACAGCCUUUGGAGAAGCCAGAGUCUUGGCCCAGAUGAGCAAGGCCUCAUCCACCUCGCUGCUUGCUAAGUUUUCAGAGGACACUCUCAGCAGCUACACAGAGAUGGUAUCUUCUCAGGAAAUGAUACGCUGUAUCUGGAGCCACUUCCUCUGUGUUUUAAAAGGCAAAUCCCCAACUCUGAGCUUCACUUCCAGCUUGCUUCAUAGUCUGGGAUCUGUCACUGUGCUCUGCUGUGUAGACAAGCAGGGGAUUCUUUCCUGGCCAAACCCCAGUCCAGAGACUGUUCUGUUCUUCAGUGGGAAAGUGGAACCACCUCAUGAUAGCCAUGAAGAUCUGACUGAUGAGCUCUCUACACGGUCCUUCUGCCAUCCUGAGAUGGAAGACGAGCCCCAUGAAAGAGAUGCUUUGCUCUCUGGCCCCCUGGCAGACACAGUCCACCUGACCAAUGAGCAAGAGAGGAACAACUGGUCUAGUGAUGCUCCAAAGGCUCCCGAUGCCCAUGCCCACCGAAAGCCCAACAGCAGAAGCAAGCAUCCCUCUGGGUCCAAUGUGAGUUUUAGCAAGGACACAGAGGGUGGAGAAGAGGAACAUACACAGGUUGUUGGUGACAGUGAGGUGUUGGCUUGUGAGGCUGAAGACUUUGUGUGUGACUACCACCUCGAGAUGCUUAGCCUGUCCCAGGACCAGCAGAACCCUUCCUGCAUCCAGUUUGAUGACUCCAACUGGCAAAUGCGCUUGAAUUCCCUCAAGCCUCUGGGCCUGAACGUGCUGCUCAAUCUCUGCAAUGCCAGUGUGACGGAGCGCCUGUGCCGCUUCUCUGACCACCUCUGCAACAUUGCCCUCCAGGAAACUCACAAUGCCGUGCUGCCUGUCCACGUGCCCUGGGGCCUCUGUGAGCUUGCCAGGCUAAUAGGUUUCACACCAGGUGCUAAAGAUCUUUUCAAGCAGGAGAACUAUUUGGCCUUGUACCGCUUGCCAAGUGAUGAGAUGGUUAAGGAAACAAUCUUGGGGAAGCUUUCGUCGAUCACCAAGAGGAGACCACCCCUGAGCCACAUGAUUAACCUGUUUGUGAAGGACACCACUACUAGCACGGAGCAGAUGUUUUCUCAUGGGACAGCUGACAUCAUCCUCGAGGCCUGCACAGACUUUUGGGAUGGUACCGAUAUCUACCCCCUCUCUGGCUCUGACAGGAAGAAGGUGUUAGAUUUCUACCAGCGAGCCUGCCUCUCAGGGUACUGUUCUGCCUUUGCAUACAAGCCAAUGCAUUGUGCCUUGUCCUCCCAGCUCAAUGGCAAGUGCAUAGAACUGGUGCAGGUCCCUGGGCAGAGCGCUAUCUUCACAUGCUGUGAUCUCCCUGGGACAACGCCCAUCAAACAGAGCAGUCGGAGGAAUAGCUGGAGCUCAGAUGAAGGGAUUGGGGAAGUGAUGGAGAAGGAAGACUGUAUCCAGGCUCUGAGUGGACAGAUCUUCAUGGGAAUGGUCUCAUCUCAGUAUCAGGCCCGUCUUGACAUUGUCCGCCUCAUUGAUGGAUUGGUCAAUGCCUGCAUUCGUUUUGUCUACUUCUCCCUGGAAGAUGAGCUCAAAAGCAAGGUGUUUGCGGAGAAGAUGGGUCUUGAGACUGGCUGGAAUUGCCACAUAUCUUUAACGCCUAAUGGUGAUGUGCCUGGCUCAGAGAUCCCUCCCUCUAGCCCCAGCCAUGCUGGCUCUCUGCACGAUGACCUACAUCAGGUUUCUCGAGAUGAUGUGGAGGGGCUUCUGCUGAUGGAAGAGGAAGGGCACUCGGAUCUCAUCAGCUUUCAGCCAACAGACAGCGAUAUCCCCAGCUUCCUGGAGGACUGUAACAGGGCCAAACUCCCACGGGGGAUCCACCAGGUGAGACCUCACCUGCAGAACAUAGACAACGUGCCUUUGCUGGUGCCCCUCUUCACAGACUGCACCCCGGAGACCAUGUGUGAGAUGAUCAAGAUCAUGCAGGAGUACGGGGAGGUGACUUGCUGCCUGGGAAGCUCUGCCAACCUGCGGAACAGCUGCCUCUUCCUGCAAAGUGAUAUCAGUAUAGCACUGGACCCUCUCUACCCAUCUCGCUGCUCCUGGGAGACUUUUGGCUACGCCACCAGCACCACCAUGACUCACGCCUCUGAUGAGCUCACCCCGCUGCAGCUCUCAGGGCAGCUCAACAGCCUGCCUUGCUCCAUGUCCUUCCGCCAAGAGGAGAGUACCAGCAUCAUCAGGCUUAUAGAGCAGGCCAGGCAUGCAACCUAUGGGAUCCGCAAGUGUUUCCUCUUCCUGCUGCAGUGCCAGCUGACCUUGGUUGUCAUUCAGUUCCUCUCCUGCCUGGUGCAGCUGCCUCCCAUCCUCAGUACCACGGACAUCGUGUGGCUCUCCUGUUUCUGCUACCCACUGCUCAGCGUCUCGCUCCUGGGCAAGCCUCCCCACAGCUCCAUCAUGACCAUGGCAACAGGAAAAAACUUGAAUUCCAUUCCUAAGAAGACUCAGCAUUACUUCCUGUUCUGCUUCUUGCUAAAAUUCAGCCUGACCAUCUGCUCCUGCCUCAUCUGCUUCGGGUUCACGCUGCAUGAGUCCUGCAGAGAGGUGAACACUACCAGCCUCAAUCUCACAGCCUGCUCCUCCAUCAUGCUGCACAGCAAUGCUGAUGGUGCUCCUGACUGGUUUGGGACGUUUUCCAAUGCUCUUCUUGUAGCCCAGAAACUCACAGCUGGCCUCGUUGUGUUACACACAGUGUUCAUAUCCAUCACCCACGUCCAUCGCACCAAGCCGCUGUGGAAGAAGAGCCCCCUCUCCAACCGGUGGUGGACGCUCACCGUGGCUGUUGUAUUGCUGGGGCAAGUGGCACAGACCGCGCUGGACCUGAAACUCUGGGAAAACCUCAAUUCUUCCUUGACCUUUAACCACGUUUCCAUCUCCCCGGUCUCAUGGCUCCUGGGUUUUCUUUCCUUGGUCCUUGUGGUUAUCAUCAAUGAGAUUGUCAAGCUGCAUGAAAUCAGGGUUCGGGUCCGUUACCAAAAGAGGCAGAAGCUGCAGUUUGAAACAAAGCUGGGGAUGAACUCGCCAUUUUAA